AUGCGUUGUGUUGGUGCCAGAAAUACUGUUAUCACAAUGCAACGCUCUAAUGUGCUGGUUCAUGAGAAUGGGAUCACUAUGGUGAUGCAUCCGAUGAAGGAGAGACACAUUUGGACAAGCAAACCCAGAGACCUGACAUUUGUGACUGACAGGGCACAGAGACGUCCCAAGAAUUUUCCUCCUGGGCCACUACUUUUUCCUUUCGUUGGCACUAUUGUGGACUAUAAGCAGCCCAUCCACCUCACUCUGCAGAAGCUUAUUGGCCGGUAUGGCAACAUUUUCAGUGUGCAGUUUGGAAAUCUGACAUUUGUGGUGGUCAACGGAUGCCAACUAGUGAAGGAAGCUCUUAUCCAUCAAGCUGAAGUAUUUGCAGAUCGACCACAUAUACCACUUCUCUGUGAAAUUUUUAAAGGCCUUGGGCUGAUAUCAUCAAAUGGAUGUAUCUGGAGGCAACAAAGAAAAUUUGUUUUAUCAGCCCUGAAAAGCAUUGGUGUAAGCUUUGAAGAACGAAUACAGGAAGAGAGCAGAUAUCUUACGGAAGCAAUAGAGGAAGAGAAAGGGCAACCAUUUGACCCUCAUUAUAAAAUUAAUACUGCUGUUUCAAAUAUUAUCUCUUCCAUCACUUUUGGGGAGCGCUUUGAAUACCAUGACAAUCAGUUCCAGGAAUUACUGCAUUUACUCUCUGAGACAUUACUCCUCAUAGGAAAUUUUUGGGGCCAGCUGUAUAAUGCUUUCCCCUGGCUAAUGAGGUGGGUCCCAGGGCCCCAUAAUAAAAUUUUCAAACAUUGGGAGAAACUUAAAUAUUUUGUGAAAGGAGUGAUUGCAAAGCACAAGGAGAACUGGAAUUCAUCUGAAACCCGAAACUUCAUUGACUGUUAUCUGAAGGAAAUAGAAAAGUCUAAGGAUGAUUCCAUCUCUUAUUUCAAUGAGGAAAAUCUACUGUGUUGCACAUUGGAUCUGUUUUUAACUGGGACAGAAACAGCUGCCACAACCAUACGCUGGGCUCUGCUGUACAUGGCAGUAUAUCCCAAAAUUCAAGAGAAAGUGCAAACAGAAAUUGAGACAGUGAUUGGCCAGUCCCGGCAACCAAUGAUGGAUGACAAAGAGAAUAUGCCGUAUACCAACGCAGUCCUCAAUGAAGUACAAAGGAUGGGCAACGUAGUACCUAUAAAUGUGCCCAGAAUGGCAACCAGUGACACUACACUGGCAGGAUUCCAUUUGCCAAAAGGUACCACUUUGAUCCCCAAUUUGACAUCAAUAAUGUUCGACAAGAAUGUGUGGGAAACUCCUGAUACAUUUAAUCCUGAGCAUUUCCUGGAAAAUGGCCAGUUUAGGAAGCGGGAAGCCUUUCUGCCUUUUUCUGCAGGAAAGCGGGUUUGCCCUGGAGAGCAGCUGGCUAGAACAGAGCUGUUCAUCUUCUUCACCACCCUUAUUCAGAAAUUCACAUUCCGAGCUCCAGAGAACGUGGAGUUAAACUUUGAAUUCACAAUAAGCCUCACACGCUGUCCGAAGCCAUUCCAGAUUUGUGCUGUUUCUCGCUGCUGAAGAUCAGGAAGAUGUUGUUGGUUUUGCUUCUCAUUAAACAUCUGCUGUUCAA